UUUCGCCUACGCUCGGCCCCUAUGCUCAAGAUGCUUUCGGCCGUCAGAUGUAUCCUGCAAGCACUUCAGGCUGCUGGAUCGGGAUGGUGGAGCGAUAUCUUGCACCGAAUUGUGCCUUUUGAGUGACUAUGAAAUGGCCCCACCCCCAACACUGUGCCACUGUUCAGUCAGCAAGCUUGUACAAUGUGGAAAACAAGUGCCACUAUUGGCCUAGGGCCUAGGCACAGCUGUGCCCCCAAACCCAGCCCCACGAUCCAUCUCUCUUGUACGAACUGAAACUUAAUUGGUCUCGGAGGAGUGAUUGGUUCACGAAGUGGUUUUAGCAAGUAUGCUACUAAACACCACGCCUAAAAGACAUGUUCGGAACCUCGAUUCAUCCUAUGCAGCGAUCUUGUGCCGAUUCAAGUCAUCCUGAUACCUCUCAUUUCCAUGUACAUGUAUACUCGCUCUAGUGUGCAACCCAUGUCACUCCUUGCUUUACCACCUGAAUGUGAAUUAUUUAUAAAUGGUUCACAUUUGUAAUUUUCAGUGGCCACCUGACCAAACCCAGCUAGCUGCUAAAGUGCUAAGAGCUGAAAUGAAACAUCAUAUGUUCUCCUUUCUGGUGCAAAGUAAGAAAUGCAGAGACCCUGAGUCCCUUGAGUUCCUUUUUGUAGGUACGGAUGGCAAGAGAAGUGAUGCCGUUCAUGGUGCUGACCUGCGUUGUCGCUGGCAGAGGCGUAUCCUCUUCGUCUACGACCUCAGCAUCUCCGGUGGUGUCACCUCAAUGGACUCAUUUCUCAAGAGGUUCUUCCCGGAGGUAUACCGCCACAAGGAGGACAGCAAGGUCAGCCAGUACUGCCAGUUCAACAGUGAGCUCCUCACCGUGUUCACCUCCUCACUCUACAUUGCCGGCCUUGUCGCCACACUGAUCGCAUCAUCUGUGACGAGGAGGUUUGGCCGCAGGGCAUCCAUGCUCAUUGGCGGCACCGUCUUCAUUGCCGGCUCGGUGUUCGGAGGUGCAGCCGUUAACGUGCCCAUGCUGCUCCUCAACCGGAUCCUGCUUGGGAUAGGCCUGGGGUUCACUAACCAGUCGAUCCCAUUGUACCUGUCAGAAAUGGCACCACCGCAGUACCGCGGUGCGAUCAACAAUGGAUUCGAGCUCAGCAUCAGCAUCGGCAUUCUCAUUGCAAACAUCCUUAACUACUGUGUGGUGAAAAUCACAGCAGGGUGGGGCUGGAGGAUAUCCCUAUCCAUGGCCGCAGUCCCUGCUCUCUUCCUGACCAUCGGCGCAAUCUUCCUCCCUGAGACGCCAAGCUUCAUAAUCCAGCGUGACGGCAACACCGACAAUGCGAGGGUCCUGCUCGAAAAGCUGCGUGGAACCACCUCAGUGCAGAAUGAGCUGGAUGACCUGGUCUCUGCUAGCAACCUCUCAAGAGCAAUGAGAUACCCAUUCAGAAACAUAUUCAAGAGGAAGUACAGGCCGCAGCUUGCCAUGGUGCUCUUGAUCCCUUUCUUCAACCAGCUCACCGGGAUCAAUGUGAUAAACUUCUAUGCCCCUGUGAUGUUCCGGACAAUCGGCCUCAAAGAGAGUGCGUCCCUCCUGUCCUCAGUCGUCACACGUCUCUGCGCGACGUUUGCUAACAUCGUAGCGAUGAUGGUGGUCGACAGGUUCGGGCGCAGGAAGCUCUUCCUCGUAGGCGGCAUCCAGAUGAUCCUGUCACAGGUUGCUGUUGGCGCCAUCCUAGCUGCAAAGUUCAAGGACUAUGGGUUGAUGGAUAAGGAGUAUGCUUACCUUGUGUUGACCACCAUGUGUGUGUUUGUUGCUGGAUUUGCAUGGUCAUGGGGACCUCUCACAUUCCUCGUUCCUACUGAGAUCUGCCCCUUGGAGAUCAGAUCAGCAGGGCAGAGCAUUGUGGUUGCUGUGGUCUUCUUGAUGACAUUUGUGAUCGGCCAGACAUUCCUCGCGGUUCUCUGCCACAUCAAGUCAGGGACCUUCUUCGUCUUCGCUGCAUGGAUAUGUGUGAUGACGCUGCUGAUUUACAUGUUCCUGCCAGAGACAAAGAAGCUUCCCAUGGAGCAGAUGGAGCAGGUCUGGAGGAGCCAUUGGUUCUGGAAGAAGAUUGUUGGGGAGGUAGAGGAUAAGGAAGAUGAAAAGGAGCAGCAAGCAGGAAAAAUCGCAUCGCCGAGCUAGGAGCUUCUAGCGCUUUCUGAAUUUGAAUGUAUGAACCUGCAAGGAAAAACAUAGAAUGAGAUUUUAGUUAGCAGCUAAGAUUGUAAAUGUAAUUGCAUCUAACUGUGUUACCUGACAGCCCUCUGCUGUUGUUGUUGCUAGUUCCUACGUAUGGCCAUUUCAAGUGGUAAGAUUUUGGAACAUAGAAAGUAUAAGCGUGGGUGCGGUUA